AUGAAUGAUAGUUAUAGAAUUAAAAAUCUUAAAACACCACAGGAUUCUAAAGAUCCAGCAACAAAAUAUUACGUAGACAACACAUUUCUUGACACAGAUGGAUCUUACCCAAUGAAAGGAAAUCUUAAUAUGGACAACAAUCGAAUAUUAAAUCUUCCUGCUCCAACAGGUUCCAAUCAACCAACACCAUUAGCUUUCACAGAUAUGAAGUAUCUACACGUUGCUGGAACAAAUAAAAUGACUAAUAAUCUAAACAUGGAUAAUAAAAAAAUAAUUAACCUUAGACCACCAACAGCCUCCACAGAUGCUGCAACCAAAAAGUAUGUCGAUGAUAUAUCUUCUUCUGGUGGAAGUAGUGACCUAUCUAAUUAUUUGAAAAAAGAUGGUAGUGUUGCAAUGACAGGCCCACUUAAAAUGGGAACACCUAGUCCUAAAAAUUAUAAUCAAAUUAAAUUUUUAGAAGAUCCUACAAAUUCUCAUAAUGCUGCUACAAAAGGUUAUGUAGAUAAAAACUCUCUUAGAAUAAAUGGAACAAAUUCAAUGAAUGGUAACAUAAAUAUGGGUAACAAUCUUAUUGAAGGUUUAGGUCAACCACAAAGUAAUUCUGAUGCAGCUACAAAAGUUUAUGUGGAUCACCGUUUAAAUAUGAGGUUAAAAAAAGAUGGAACAGAAGCAAUGACUGGUAACCUUAAUGUUGGUAAUAAUAAAAUAGUUGGUCUUGCAACUCCAGUGUCAAACACAGACGCCGCAACAAAGAAAUAUGUAGAUGAUAAUAGUGGAGGAAGUCCAGACCUGUCUGAUUGCUUGGAAAAAGAUGGUACUGUUGCAAUGACUGGAAACUUAAAUCUUAACAACAAUAAAAUAGUUAACCUCGAGGACCCCACCACAGAUAAACAAGCUGCUAAUCGCGGAUGGGUACGUAAACAAAUAAACCGCCUUGAUCAUCAUUCUGGAGACGCCUCAAGUGGUGUAUUUACUAUAACAGAUCCAGAUACACCAACGACUUUGUAUCUACAGUUUGUCUCAGGUUCAUCAUUUGAUGAUUUUUUUUUUACAACAUCAGCACCUGGUCAACCUCUUGUAGGUUGGACACCAACUGCUAACACAUACAUUAACAAAAUAGAAUUUCAAUUUGGUUCGCGGAACGUAAACGUUGACUUUUUAUGGUUUAUUCCUAGAGACAUUUCCCACUCCAAUUCUAAGUUUUGGAUAAGUGGAAAUCGCACUGGCACUUGGUCAUUAAUUAUUCACAAGUCUUGGAGUUAUGAUAUGUCAGGAGUAAAACUAAGAACCCGUAACAAUCCAAAUCACACAGCUAUCACUUGUCGGUUAUUCACUGAUUUACCAAAAGCGAUAACCAAACCACUUAAGAGAAUAGAAAUCAACACACCUAAAAUUGUAUUAAGUGGGGUUAUAAAAGCUGAUGUCGACCUUGGUGAUAAUAAAAUAAAGAAUCUGGGUGUACCAACCCAAGACAAUGAAGCAGUAAACAAAGGUUAUGUCGACAAUCUAGUUCAUCUUACUGCAGUUCAACCAAGUCAUUACAAAAAUGAGUUUGCUUAUCUCAUGUCAAGUGGCUCUCAAUGGACUGAUGAAAUAGAUGGCGGAAAUAGUUUUGGUAUAAGAAGUAUAGGAGAUUUAGCACCAAACAAAGGAAACUUUCACGACUAUAAUCACAAAGUUAUUUACAUGUCUAUAAUCAAAAAUUCUCAAGGUAAAUAUAUUUAUAAGAUGGGAAUUAAUUUUUUCAGACUAACUGCAAAUACUGAUUACACAUUGUGUUUGGAAAUACUCAACACUGAUUAUAAUCUUUGGAAUAAUACUAAAAUAAGUGUUGACAAAGGAACUUCAAAAGGAUUAUCAAUUGGAAAUGUAAGUGUAAAAAAGUUGUCCCAUAGUUAUACUAAUACACAAGGGAAAUCAAGUACAAUGUACUACCAUAGAAUGAUAGUUAAUUUUCGAAAGUUGACAUCUGGUAAAAGGUUCUUUCUUCACAUUUUGGUUGAUAUUCUUCAAGGUGGAUAUAACCUGGCUACGUAUCCAAAUCAGUUUUCAGGAGUUUACCUGGUUGCUUAUGGUAUUAUUGGUACAUUUAGUAAUAUUGAUCCAGAUAAAGUUUACGAUUAUCACACCGCAUUUGACAUCAAACCAACAGAAGUAGUGUAUAAUGUUGAUAUAAAUGCAAAUCAAAAAGAAAUUAAAAAUAUCAAACUUGACCGAAACAGUAAUAAUAGUGCUGCAACAGUUGCAUUUGUAAAAGAACUAGCUCCUCACACUAAAAAUGCUUUGUAUAGAUUAUACUUUAGUGAAUUUUAUGACUUUAGUGAUGCGGAUUUGUAUGGAUUAAGUAAAGGUGUAUCUGGUGUUAUUUUCAAUUCUUUAAAACCUAAUAUUACACUUCCCAAUAGAAACCUAACUGAUAUAACAAAUAAUGGCAUAAAUGUGAAAGGUUAUACUGUUCAUUUUACUCUUCCUAAUUAUAUUACAAAAUAUAGUUUAUGCAUUUCUUUUUAUCAUUGGAGAAAUAGAAGUUUUAGCCUGACUAAAAAAAAUACAGAUAAUAAUAAUAUUUUAGUAAAAUUGGAUUAUAAUAAAUCAAACAAUAAAGUAACUUUAACUGUCAAUAAAACAACUCAAAAUUUUACCAUGCUAAGUAGUUUUAAUGGACAAAGGAUUGUUGUAUGGCUGGCAGAAGAUUUUAAUUCAAAUGUCACAAAAGUUUCAAUAAGUAACUACAGCUCAACAUUAACUAUACCAGCCGUUCAAAAAUCCUUUUUACAACAGUUUGAUUUUACAACUGAAGAUGGAGUGUUAAAUAAAUUAAUGUACUCUCCAAAAUUUUACGACAUCGGCUCUGAUCAAUAUCAUAAAGUAAUGCUUCAAGAAAAGUUAAAUGGAAGUUAUGUAACGUAA